AUGUCUGCUGUUGUUGAGGAAAAUGUUGUCGUAGAAAACGGGUCCACCGUAGAAACUCCCGCUGCAAAAAUUUCAGAUGUAGUUAUGGGCGAUGAUGCUGAAAGUGCCAGAAAAGCAAGAGCGAGGAGACAAGUCGAAUUUUACUUUGCGGAUUCCAAUCUUCCAUACGACAAAUUCAUGUGGCAAUUACAUACCAAAACUCCAGAACAUUGGGUCCCCAUAAGUGCCGUAGCAUCGUUCAAAAGAAUGCGCCAAUACUCUUCAGGCGAAAACGGAGUGCAAUGGGUUGCGGAUGUACUAAAAUCAAGUGAAUAUCUGGAAGUAGACGAAAGUGGUGAAAAUGUACGAAGGCGAACAGAGGUACAGGAGCCUAAAGGUCAAUUUGAGCGCAGUGUAUACGCUAAAGGUUUCGGGACAGACGAGAGCAAGGAUCUACAACUACGUCUAGAAGAACUCUUCCAAGGUUAUGGUUCGACAAACGAAGUGCGGAUGAGAAGGAGCGAGGAUAAAUCCUUCAAAGGCUCUGUUUUCGUCGAAUUUACUGAACCCGCAGGCGCUGAGGCUUUACUCAAAGCCGAACCUAAACCCAAAUGGGACGGAGAAGAUCUUCUCAUCAUGUCCAAGGAGGCUUAUUGCGAAAUGAAAAUUAAGGAGAAGGGCCUUACUGGGAGAAACGCUGAACGAAAACGCGACACAAUGAACAAACGGAACUUCAAUGCUUUCACUAUCCCUAUCAGCCAGGGUGGGCUUAUGAAGUACAAAGCAGUCGAGGACGGCAAGCCAAAACGAGAAAUCUGGCUUGAGUUCAUGGGUAAAAAGCUGUUGAUUGAGAGGGACGAAGAUGGAAAUGGGAGAGUCAAGGAGGAGGAAGUUCCAUUCCUCAAAGGCAGCACGUUGAAGUUCGAAGGUGUUGGGGAAAAUUUCUCAUGGAAUGACAUCAAGCUUCCGUUGAAAGACCUAUUCGAGGGACGUGCUCCCUUCAUCGAUUACACCCGCGGAAAAAAUGAUGGUUUUGUCGGAUUUCACAAGGAACUAUCCGACGAGGACAUCUUGAAUGUCAAAAAAACUAUUCGAACUAUAAAUGGGAACGAGAUCACUUGGUCCCAGAUAGACGAGGAAGAAGAAAAAAGCUUCCAAAUCCGACGAGCGCAAUCAAGCGCUCGCGCUGCUCUACGUAACGAUGACGAAAACUCCUCCACAUCAAGGCCUCAACGAGGGGGCCGUGGCGGCUCUCGUGGAGGGGCCAGCCGUGGUCGCGGUGGUCGUGGUGGUCGUGACGGAGGUCGAGAAAGCCGCGGAGGGCGUGGAGGAAGGGGUAGUAGGGGAGGAAGAGGAGGAGGUCGUGGUGGUGGUGGUGGGAAGCAUGACCGAGAAAACGGCAAAACCAAUGGUGAUGCUACACCCGCCACAAACGGCGACUCCAAAUCAGACGCUGAUAAUGCAGCGGGAGAGAAGAGGAAGCGUGCUGUGGAGCCAGAUGGUGGACCUGAUGUAGGAAUCCGUGGGGUUGCGGGGCCUCCCGUACUUCAGACUGCGAAAAAGGUCCGAACGGAAACGGGCGAGGCAGCUACAGCUGCUGCGUCAUGA